UUUUUUAAAGCAGAACAUGCAAAUAUAAACUCGCCCCAUGUGACAUUUCUAUUGGCUCGCGCAAGCAUAUACGUAAUUUAAAUGUAACUUUCUGGUUGGUUGCAAGAAGACACAUUCUCAUUGGGUGCUAAGCACGUCCUAUCUCUCUUUCACCCAAUCAGAUUUGACAGAAAGAAUCCAUCAGGAGUAAAUAAAUAGGCGGCUUGCAAAAUUGUGUUUCUCAUUCUGCUCUUCGUUGUUGUAGUUCCUUGUGGAUUUAGCUGUACGAUGUCUGACCGUGGAAAGCAGGGCGGCAAAAUCAAGGGCAAGGCGAAGUCUCGCUCGUCCAGGGCGGGCUUGCAGUUCCCUGUGGGUCGAGUGCACCGCCUGCUUCGCAAAGGGCACUACGCGAAGCGCGUGGGAGCCGGAGCCCCUGUCUACACGGCGGCGGUGCUGGAGUACCUGACUGCCGAGAUCCUGGAGCUGGCCGGCAACGCGGCGCGGGACAACAUGAAGGCGCGCAUCAUCCCUCGGCACCUGCAGCUGGCCAUCCGCAACGACCAGGAGCUGAACAAGCUGCUGGCCAAAGGCACCGUCCCCCAGGGCGGCGUCCUGCCCAAGAUCACAAAGUGAAGGCCCAGUAAAAAUCAGACCGCGGCGUCU